AUGCAUGAUUGUUUAAUUGUCAGGCUAUUGUUUUUACAAUUAUUAAAUUCAAUAUUAAUAUUUUUAACAACACCUAUAAAUGCUGCAGAAUUAGUAGAAUUUCUCUUCAGGAAUCAAAUAUUAUGUUUGUAUUUAUUAAAAUUUUUAAAGUAUGUUUUUCCAGGCGGACAGCCAUUUUCUGACGCCCAAUGGGUACCCGUUCUCGACCAGUGCGAGCUGGAUUGCAAACCAGAAAGAGAGAUAUGCAUGGAAGAUGACCAAAUGAAGCAAAGUUGUCGCAAACGUAAUUAUUUUGCUCAAAAAAUUUUUUUUCGGAAAAAUUCUUUCCUCCUCCCUUUUAAAGUCCCCGAAGACUGCGUCAAAGCCUUCCAAGACGAACUCAAGCUCACAACAAACAUUGCCGGUCUAUUCAAUUUAUUAACUGAAGCAACCACACUCCCUACCACAAAAAACAGUCAAAAACACAGAACAACCCCAACUAGGCAAAAAAUAAAAUCAUUAAAAGCCCCCAGAAGGAAAGCAAAAAAGGAGAGAAUAAACACAGAAAAAUUGCUACCAGAAAAAAAUAGAAGGGAAAAUUUAAAUAAUACAGAAGCAAUAAUAACCCCUCUAAGUGACGAAAAUCAGAAAAAAAAUAAAAUCAGAAUUUCUGUUCCAAAAAUAAUAAAAACAACAAAAAGGAGGGUGUUGUUAACUAAAAGAAGUGGGGAAAUGAGGAGAAAGGAAAAUUUGAAAAUUGGGGGAAGACAAAGAAGAAAAUUGAAGAAUGAAGAUAAUGAAAUAAUCAGUAAGAGGAGACAUGAAGGAAAUAUGAAAUUAAAUAGAAAAAGGGCAAAAAGGGUGGAAAAUAGAAUAAAAAGAUAA